AUGCAAGCCUCUAGCUCAGAAACGGAAGACCUUCAACCCCCACAUAGAUACACUCCAUGGGUGACUAUCGAUGGUGUGCCCCUCAAGGGUGAUUUCAAAUCGGCUCUAUGCGCGUCUUUAGUGAAAAGGGGUAAGGGUUGUCCUUCAACCCCUGAGACAACUCCGACCCGGAAGUGCUACAGGAA